AUGUCUCCCGUCGCUUCCUCCCUGGUGCCCAGCGUAGAUGUUCCAGCCGUCGCCAUCCCAGCUCCAGAGAUCAUUUUCAACGUGCUUCCUCCGGCCGAUGGCAAAUCGGCACUCAUCCUGUUGUUUCUGUACUGCAUCUCCCUCGGCGCCGUCCUCAUGGAGCUGUGCAAUCACAUUCAGUACGAUAUCCAGCUGAUCCGCAAGCCUGGCUGGACCGAACCGGCCAAGCUUGCUUCGCGCCUUGCCUACCUCCUCUGCCGUAUACUACCGCCUACAUGCUCGUUGAUGUUCAUCUUUUACCUUUCUCUCAAGGACCAGGACUGCGGAGCAGUAGCACUCGCGCUCGACACUCUCACCAUGUUCCUCUUGGACGCUGUGAUGCUCAUCUUUCUCCAAAGGACCAUGGCGCUUUACGCAUGGAAACGUUCCAUCGUCGUCCCCCUCACGAUCUACUACAUCGUGCUGUUGGCAGCCUCUGCUGUCUCGGUGCCGUUCUGGGGUGUUGGAUAUCACAUUCCUACGACCCGCUUCUGCGCAUUCAAUACGAGAAGACACGAAACCCAGACGAUCGUCUCCAACCUCAUCUACAAGUGUCUCAGCAUGGGUCUCGAUCUCACUCUACUCCUCCUCACCUUGCACCGCCUCCUCGACGGUGGUCUUGCUUCCGUCUGGCGCCGUUCCAAAGGCCAACGACACAUUCCCGGCUUGAAAGGACAAGGCAUCUCGAGCUUCCUCAUCCGUCAGGGCUUCCACUUCUACGUGCUGCAGCUGGUCUCGGACAUCUUCUUAGUGGUAGCGUGGUUCAGCUUCAAAGAGAUGACCUACCAAGGUCUGGGAGCCCCGGUCAUGUAUGCUAUUCCACCUAUCGCGGCCACCGCUGCCUUCAGAGACAUUGGCGCGAGAGCCUCGGCAGUUGCAGGCAGGCAAACUCAAAGGGUCAACGAGAUCAUGGACUCGACUAGCUCUCCCUCCAGCAAUCACGUCGGUAUGCGUGUCACACACGCUACGGUUCCUGCUGGCUUGCACGAUCCCAACUUCAAGGCCUCGCCCGCUACUAGCGGCGCAGCUCAUCCCGGACGCACGACACGCAUCAUGUGGGGCAGCAAGACGGCGCCAUUCAGUCGAUCGCACCACUAUCCUACCGAGGCUAACAACCACGGCAUCCGUGUCACUGUCGGUACCGUCUCUCGCACCGAGGAUGUCGAUCGCGACUGGAACCACAACUCGCCACGCUACUCGUCUGACAAUGCAGACACGAUCGAGAUGUCACGUCAGCAACGAGCUAAUUCCAGCACCUCCCACGGCUCUCUCAAAGGGGACGGGAUGACAGAAGAAUCCGGUGAAGACAGCGCGGGUCUCGGCUUUGACGAGAUUCAGGUACCGACGCUGGCCCGAGGGCCUGCAGGACAAUGA